AUUGGGCUCAUAAAGUUGGCUCCUGAAAAUAACUAUCUGAAGACCUGUUGUGCCAGUUUUCCCCGGAGCACCUCAGUUCUGCUGUCCCCUCUGAAUUCCUUUCAAGGGGUGUUGAAAGUCUGCAGCUGCAGUGGCUCACAAUUUAAUCUUUGUAGAGACAGAUGGCAAGUGCCAAAGGCAAGUGCCAAUUUGUAGCUGACGUGGCCUAGGCUCAGAACUAGCACAACAUCCUGUGCACUGCAUUCUGUUCGUUAAAACAAGUCACAAAGUUCAGCUCAGAUUUGCAGGGGUGGGGAAAUAGCUUCCUUCUGAAGGGAUGAAGGAGCCCUUUGCACAGAGCAGAGAUACAGAAAGGUGUGGGAUUGAAGCAAUUUACCAGAGAAGACCAACUCUCCCCUACCUCUGAGGAGAGUAUAAUAGUAUAAUAGAACCACCUCUGAGGUGGUGAGGGGCUCAGGCAACUGAGGCCAAAGACCUGGCAGUGCUUUAAAAAUUAUAACAUGCUCCACAGGUAGUGCUUCUGAGUGUGGUAAUCUUGUGUCACCUGUGGACCUGUGAGUUCCUGAGAGCAAGGCCGUGCCCUACUCCUGUCUGCCCCUUCUGUAUUGAGGAAAGGCUCACAGAAAUGAAGGGAAACAAAGCGGAGCAGUUGCUGAGAACCAGACCACACUCCCUCUUCUCACCCUAGAACAAAGACAGGCUUCAAACCCUCUGGAAACUGAGAAGCUUCCUUGCCUUCAGCAAGCUCUCCCCCUCAUCCUUUCUGCCCUGCCCCCACCUCCAACUGCACUUGGCAGGAUACUCACCUGUCUUCCCACUCAACAACUGAGAAUACAGAAGGAUGACUCGCUCAAGGUCACCAGUUAGUGGGUGAAGACCCAGAUCCUGCUCAGGAAACCCAUUAGGGCCUGCUUGAGCGACUGCAAACAUGAACACACAUCUGAGUGCAGGGACAUGCUGUUUUGGCUCCUGGAAUGGUGUGGUGUUGAGUUACAGAUGCUUUUCUAAUAAUACAGGUGGAGCCCUGGAAACCUUUCCCUGCUGGGUUCUCAAGUCUCCCCGCUCUCCCAUUCCACAUCUCUGCCUCCAGCUUACCUCUCCCAGUCCUCCUCCAUAUUGCCUUUCCAAAACACUUGCAUCAUGACUCUGCUUAAAAUAACAAUGAAUCAACAUUUAUUGAGCCCUUACAACGGGCCAGGUAGUGUUCUAAGCUCUUCUCUUGAAUUAACUCAUUUAAUCUUCACAAUUCUAUGAAGGAGUCACUAUUAUUAGCUCCCAUUUUGCAGAUAAGGAAACUGAGGCACAAGAGGUUAGAGUGACUUACUGAAAGUUCCACAGUGUCAAAGUUAGGAUUUGAACUCAGAUAGUCUGGUUCCUGAACUUGGGCUUCUCAGGCCAGAAAAACCCUCUCUGUAGGUCUCUGUUUGUUGUUGUUAAUUUGCUAAGUAGUGUCCAACUCUUUGCGGGCCCCAUGGACUCCAGUGCACUGGGCUCUAUUCUAAUAAUAAAGAACAACAGUAAUAUAAUAAUUAAUAUGCAUGGAUUGCUUACUGUAGGCUAGGCCUUGUUCUAGCUGCAUUUCAAGUAUUAGCUCAUUUGAGUCUUACAAUAGUACUAGAGAAUUGGCCAGUGGAGGGAGUACUAUUAUCCUCAUUUUACAGGUAAGGAAACGGGGAUAGUCAUGCAACAAGGAUGGGUUACCAGACACUCCAGCUCCAGAGGCAAACUUUAAACCACUGUGCUAUCUGGCUUUCCCCAAGACUAUUCAGUCCAAGGGCCCAGCAUUUACUGCUGUUUGGAUUCAUGUCACAUGAUUUCUGCAUUUCCACUAAAGCAUGGCUUUUGUUGUUUCUAUGCAUGUUUUUUUCCUUCUCAACCAGACCUUGAGCUCCAUGAGGCCGGACUGAAGAUCUGGUACGUCCUCAAGUUCCCCAGUUCACAGCCAGGAUCUCACAGACUCCUCCUAACAAUCUUACAUUAAAGGCAUUUCUCCUUUUCAAGGAAAAAGCAUGGAUUCAGAGGUAAAGAUAGAACUGGAUGAACAGCAGUGUUUUGGCAGACAGCGUUUUCUAGCCACAAAGUACUCUUCCCCACAUCCCAUUUGAUUCCACACAUCCUCACUUCCAGGGGCAGUCAUGGUAGUACAGCUUGAUGGUUAAGAGCAAUGGUUUAGGAUUAGACCUGAAUUUGAAUCUCCACUCAGUCACUUGCAUGACCCACAGAGGGGGUAAUUUAAUCCCUCUUGUCCUCAGUUACCUUAUUGGUAAACGAGGAUGAUAAAAAUGCUUUCCUCAUCUCUCUGUUGGGAGGACAAAUGAAAUUGAGCACAUAAAGACCUGUGAGAGAGGUCUAGAUUGGAGAAGUAUUGUGUGUAUAUAGAUAAUCCGCUCCCCUCCCCCCACCUCCCUAAAGACACCGGGUCCCAGGACUGGGAAGGGGAGGGGGCAGCAGGUGGGCUCCCUGAGAAACAUCCUGUACCCCUCCCUCUCCUGCUGGCACCCCCAAGCCCCACGCAGGGGAGAGGCGAGUGCCCUGCGGUACGAAGCGGGUGCUCCUCCCUCUCCGCACCGCCCAGAGCCUUAGAACUUGGGGAGCCGUCCCAGCGGAACCGCGGUUCUUCGCCUUGACCGUUGCGCUCCACCUGUCUUCAGCUGGCUGCCAGGCAAUAACGCUUGGCCGAGCGGCUCUACCGCCCCUGCCUCCACUCCGGCGCAGGCGGGCGCUGGAUCCUGGGGUGAUCCAGGCCGGGUUUUGCGGCGGAGUCCGAGAUCGCUGAUUCCUCCUUCAUCGGUUGCCCGUGGCAGCGGUCGGCGGCGGGAGAUCAUGGUGCUGGACGAACCGUGGGCCGCGCUCUCCGGCGUCUCCGGGGCCGCCCUGGCCUGCUGCUUCGUGGCGGCUGCCUUGGCCCUGCGCUGGUCCAGUCGCCGGACAGCGCGGGCCUCGGCGGUCCGGGCGCGACAGAGGCAGAAAGCGGCCCUGGACACCAUGGACAAGGCGGCGCAGCGCUUCCGGCUCCAGAACCCUGACCUGGACUCGGAGGCGCUGCUGGCCCUGCCCCUGCCUCAACUGGUACAGAAGUUACACAGUGGGGACCUGUAUCCCGAGGCUGUGCUCUUCACCUACAUAGGAAAGGCCUGGGAAGUCAACAAAGGGACUAACUGUGUGACCACCUACCUGGCAGACUGUGAGACUCAGCUGUGCAAGGUCCCAAGACAGGGCCUACUCUAUGGUGUCCCCGUGAGCCUCAAGGAGUGCUUCAGCUAUAAGGGCCAGGACUCGACACUGGGCUUGAGCCUGAACCAGGGGGUGCCAGCGGAGGGUGACUGUGUGGUGGUGCAGGUGCUGAAGUUGCAGGGCGCUUUGCCCUUCGUGCACACCAAUGUCCCCCAGUCCAUGUUCAGCUUUGACUGCAGUAACCCCCUCUUUGGCCCGACCAUGAACCCAUGGAAUUCUUCCAAGAGCCCAGGUGGCUCCUCAGGGGGCGAGGGGGCCCUCAUUGCCACUGGGGGCUCCCCACUGGGCUUAGGCACCGACAUUGGAGGCAGCAUCCGCUUUCCCUCAGCCUUCUGUGGCAUCUGUGGCCUCAAACCCACGGGGAACCGCCUCAGCAAGAGUGGUCUGAAGGGCUGUGUCUAUGGACAGGUAGCAGUACAGCUCGCAGUUGGUCCCAUGGCCCGGGAUGUGGAGAGCCUGGCACUGUGCCUGCGAGCGCUGCUGUGUGAGGACAUGUUCCGCUUGGACCCCACCGUGCCCCCCUUGCCCUUCAGGGAGGAGAUCUACAGGAGCUCUCAGCCCCUGCGUGUAGGGUAUUAUGAGACUGACAACUAUACCAUGCCCACGCCGGCCAUGAAGCGGGCCCUGCUGGAGACCAAGCAGAGACUCGAGGUUGCUGGCCACACGCUGGUUCCCUUCCUGCCGAGCAACAUACCUCAUGCUCUGGAGACCCUGGGCACGGGUGGGCUGUUCAGUGACGGUGGCACGACCUUCCUACAGAACUUCAAAGGUGAUUUCGUGGAUCCCUGCUUGGGGGACUUGAUCUCAAUUCUGAGGCUGCCCGGAUGGCUUAAAGGACUGCUGGCUUUCAUGAUGAAGCCUCUGCUCCCAAGGUUAUCAGCCUUUCUCAACAAUAUGAAGUCUCGGUCAGCCGGAAAGCUCUGGGAACUACAUCAUGAGAUUGAGGUAUACCGGCACUCCGUGAUGGCCCAGUGGAGAGCUCUGGAGCUGGAUGUGCUGCUCACCCCCAUGAUGGGCCCUGCUCUGGACCUGAACGGCCCAGGCAAGGCCACAGGGGCUGUCAGCUAUACUCUGCUCUACAACUGCCUGGACUUCCCCGCGGGGGUGGUACCCGUCACCACGGUGACCGCCGAGGACGAGGCCCAACUGCAGCUUUACAAGGGCUACUUUGGGGAUAUCUGGGACAAGAUGCUGCAGAAGGUUGUGAGGAAGAGCGUGGGGCUGCCCGUGGCUGUGCAGUGCGUGGCUCUGCCCUGGCAGGAAGAGCUGUGUCUGCGGUUCAUGAGGGAGGUGGAGCAACUGAUGAACCCGGACAAGCAGCUAUCCUGACAGCGGCCCACCCGGCCCUGGAGGACCCGAGACCCGCCUGGAGCUGCAUCCAGCCUGUUCAGGGCACAGCUGCCGCCCCGCCAGGAAGUGUUCAGCCUGGGCUGAGGCUUCCGAGUCCCCCCUCCGUCGCCCCCUACAAGAAGCCCAGACCCAAGGACUCUGGACCUCACUUUGUCCCCAGGUCUGCUCUCUGUCCUGACCACCCCCUUGCCGUGGCAGCCAGCAGGCAUGACAUGAGGACUAACAGUCAAGAACUGGUGUCUGGUGUGUGUGUGCUUUCUGGCGGUCACUGUUAGGGCCCCGGGUUGGACACCUGCCCUUCUAGAACCCGACUUCAGCCAUGUCCAUCUCCUGCUCCCAAACCUCCUCUAGUUUCCGUCACUCACAGCAUGGACACAGGUUUUUCAGGGUGGCUCUUGCAGCCCCAGCUCUUCACCUUCACCCACUGUCUCCCCGUCCCCGCCUCCCAACCCUCAGACUAAGCCCUACUUCAUUAGACAUUGUCUUUUCCCUCUCUUCUCCCUUUGCUCCUUCCCUUUGCUGAGGAGGCCCUUUCAGCUCCUCUACCAUUAAAUCCUUUGAGGCCCAGCUCAGAUCUCUCUUUCUCCCUCUGAACCCUGGAGUAGGGAGGCUGUUUCUGUCCAAUCAGCCCUGUGUGGUGGGCAUCUGCAGGUGGGUCGCCUCAGCACACUGGCUCUCCUUGACGCAGGGGCACUAUUUUUACAUCUUUGUCCUCAGCGGGCAGCACAGGGCUGGGCACAGGGCAGCAGGGAGUCUGGGAUGCUGUUGGGGAAAGCAGCCCACAGGCCUGGGGAGGAAAGCCCAAGACAAGAUGAUCUGGCAGAGAGUGCUUGCAGGACCAGUCAAGGACUGGAUAUUAUGGGAAGGCCUCCCAAAGGAGGAGAACCUGUGUUGUGUAGAGACUGUUUCCCAGAGGCUGAGGGAGGGGACGAGGACAUCCCAGGGAAAGGGAAAAAUAUGCCUGAAAACUAGGACGAGUUUGGUAGAUGGAAGCAUUGUGCUUCCAGGAGGAGCAGCAGAGAGGUAGGUGGGGGUCAGAUCAAGGGGAUUUGGGGGCCAGUUCAGGUACUUGAAUCCAGUCUCCAGGGCAGUGGGGUGCUCUUGAAAGAUCACCCAGGUGUGCUGAGGAGAGUAGACUAGAAUGGCAGAGCCUGGAGAGGGUAACGAGGCUGUUCCAUGAUCCUAGUGUGAGGAAGGGGGCCUGAGGCCUGAGCUAGGGCAGUGGUUUGGGGUGCAAGUGAGCUGUCUGGGCCUGUGUUGCUUGGUGGGCGGUGGGUAGCUCAUCUGGGCCGCUCUGGGGGCCACUUGGGCCCACAAGCAGAGCUUCCUCAUGCCUCCCUGGCUCCAGCCCUAACUCGCCUGCUUGCUGUUGAAGAUGUGCCUGGCCUGAGUCCUCGGGCUCAGGUGGGCCCCUGGCUCCCACCUGACUAAUGUCAGAUUCUUUCCAGGACAACUGCUUUCCCAAGGCUUCCUUCUCUGCCCAGAUUUUCCUGCUUCUCCAGAGGUGUCUUCCCCUCCACAUCACGUGCCCAGUGGCACCUGUACUUUCUGUCAAUAGUAACCCGGCCUCAGUUGGGGCAAGUCUCAGGGCAGACAUGAGCCUCCCUGGGAGCUGACUAGAGGGCCUAAUCCGCACAGACACCUAGGUUGGGUUGACCAGGAAGCUGCUGCACUUUGCCCUGGUUUCUCUUCUACUGCUACUGUCAUUUUGGCUCAUAUAUUUCCAUGAAAUCACUCAGCAUCUGCCUCAGCUUCCUGCCCCAUUUCUGUCUUUGGUUAAUGAUAGCCUUGUGCUUUCAGACCUCACUUCCAUUCUUUCCAGUCAAUAAUUCCAAUCAAUAACUGGGUUACUGAUCCCCUGCUUGAAUCCCAUCAUGGCCGUGCCCAGCUCUGUUCUUAGUGGUGCUGGAGCUCCUCCAAGCCUGUCUGUCAUCUCUCAGAGGCUCUGGGGCCUGUAUGGGUGGCAGAUUUUGGUACAAACAUGUUGGCUCAAUCAUGAUCAGUGAUGAGGGAAAGGUUAGACAAAGGGGCCAAGUGCUGCCAAGGGCAGAGGAGGUGGUCAGUGAUGAAGCAAGUGCCCAUUGCAUUCCACCCCCACAGCUACACUCUGGUCCAAGCCUCCUGCCCCUCACCUGGACACCAAUAACCCAACUGGGGUCCCUGCUUCCUUCCCCACCUGUCCAACCAAUCCAUUUUCCAUACAGCAGCCAGAGUGAUCCCAUAAAAGUGUAUAUCAGAUUGAGUCACCUCUCUCCCUAAGACCUUGCAAUGGCUUCCCAAUCAACCGAGAUGAAAAUCUGGUCUAUUCAAGUCCUUUGAGGUCCCAAGUGACAUGGCCCUUGCCCACCUCCCCUGCCUCAUCUUGGAUGUCUCUUCCUCUCAUUCCCUAUUCCCCAGCCACACGAGCACCUUAUGGUCUCUUGAUCAUCUCAAGCUGGUCCCUACUCCAGAGCCUUUGUGUUAGCUGUCCCUCUGCUUGGAACUCUUGACACCAAUGUCACCCUCCCUGAUCACCUACUUGGGGAACAGCUUCCUCUGACAUCUUCUAACAUGCCACCCCUUGGACUUAAUACCAUUGUCACUAACUAGCAUCA